AUGGCGCUCCCUGACCUCUCCGAGUUAACACACGUACAUACCAGUACCAUGGCGACCUCUUCGUCUUCUACCGCCCAGGACAAGCCGACUGAUCUCGGAAAGUCCGCAGCGUGGACCCCACACGCCAACUCCAGCCCAGACCCAGAGUCCCAAAACUACAGUACCUUUGCCUUUCCCUAUGACCCAUCAUCACCGGAGGGCAUUCCUCCCCCGCGGAAACAAGGUGGGGGAGGCACACUCUCCCUGGUAGUGUUUGGACUGGUGAUCGUUGGUAUUGUGUUACUUUUUGCACUUACGUGA